CUAUUAAGCAUAAAGAUAUCACCUUAUUCAGAAUUCCUAUGAGGACAGGAGACUUUUAUAAAAAAUGGAGACAGAGAUUGUUAGCUAUUAUCACUAAGUAUAGAGACUUUGACAAAGAUUUGAAAGAAAGACUCUCAAAGGGCAAUAUUUAUAUAUGUGAGAAUCAUUUUUUAGCAGAAGAUAUUGAAUUGACAAAAACUGGAAGGAAAUCAUUACGCUUAGAGGCUUUACCAACUGUUAACCUAUCCAUAAAAUCACAUGAAAAAGAAAAAAAGGUACCUAGAAGACACAUAAGUAUUGUAAAAGAUAUUGUCCCACAGAAGCGAAUAAAUUAUUCAAACUUAAUUGAUUUACAGAAAAAAACCCAAAAGUUAAAACUUAGUGGAUGGGAGAUGACAUGUAAUGAAAACAAUAUCAAAUUUAAAAAGUUAUUGCCUUUGCAUUUGUUACCUAAGUAUGAAGUUGUAGUAGAUGACAGUUUAGCGUUCACCAUUAUUGUAUUUGGGUGGCUCUUGCCAGAUACUCACUUAAUCUAUAAAUUAUACUCACGAUCAAUGCUGAACACUACAGUUACCGAACUUUUUCUGCAAAAUAUGUACAUUAAGAUUUUGUUCUGGUAUUAUAGAAAACAUCAGAAAUAUAAAUAA